GAAAUGAACAAAAUAACAUUCACAUUUUACACCACCAUUCCAAUCCUGAAUCCCCCCCCAACCCCAUUUGGCCAUUUCCUCAACCUCCAAGCCAUGACAACAAGCAUCCUCCGGCGCACUAUGACCACCACACUCCGCCCAAUCCUAUCUCUCCGCCACUUCUCCACUCCUCCCCCAUACCCUCACUUCCCCAAAUCCCAAACUCCCUCCGAACACCAAUUCCAAACAUGGGUUCACUUCCUCAAACCCGGCUUCACCCCCUCAGACGUCAACCACGCACUAACCUCUCAAACUGACGCCGACUUAGCCUACGACAUCUUCCGUUGGACCGCCCACCAACGCGGCUACACCCACGACUCCUCCAUUUACCUAACCAUGAUCCAUCUUGCCGUCUCCAACCGCCGCCACCGCCAUGCCCAAACCCUCCUCGAAGAAGUUCUUGCUGGCGCCUGCCCCGUUAGUCUUCCUCUUUACAACACACUCAUUCGAUUCUGUUGUUCUCAUCGUUGUUUGUUUAACCGUGCUUUUGAUGUUUAUAACAAGAUGUUGAAAGAAAAAACCCUUGAUUGUAAGCCUGAUUUGGAUACUUAUUCUAUGCUUUUUAAUGUUUUGCUUAAGAAGUUUAGUAAGAUUAAUGUUAGUUAUGUUUACUUGAAUGCUGUGAGGUCUUUGAGUAAGCAGAUGAAGGCGCUUGGAGUGGUGCCGGAUACUUAUGUGUUGAAUAUGAUUAUUAAGGCGUAUGGGAAGUGUUUGCAGGUUGAUGAGGCGGUCCGAGUGUUUCGUGAGAUGGGCUUGUAUGGGUGUGAGCCCAAUGCGUUUAGUUUUAGUUAUUUGGUCAAGGGGUGUUGUGAGAAGGGGAGGGUGUGGCAGGGGUUUGGGUUUUUUAAGGAGAUGAGGGAGAAAGGUUUGGUGCCUACGAGUAGUGCGUAUAUGGUUUUGGUGUGUAGUUUGGCGUUGGAGAGGAAGUUUGAGGAUGCGGUUGGGGUUUUGCGCGAUAUGUUGGGGUAUUCGUUGAAGCCGGAUUUGUUGACGUAUAGGACUUUGUUUGAGGAAAUGUGUAGGGAUGGGAAGGGUGUUGAUGCUUUAGAGCUUCUUGAGGAGUUUAGGAAGACGGAUGUCUCUAUGGGGGAGAAGACUUAUAAAACGUUGUUGGAUAGCUUGCAUUUUGUAGAUAGGUAGUAGUAGGAGAUGGUGUUGCUGUUGCUGUUAAUUUGUGUUUAACAAACUCAAUUUCAGUAAUCAUAAGCUUGGAGUUGAUGGAACAUAAUGCUGGUUCAUCGAAGCACCGAAUGCUAAGGUGCUUAGAUGGGUAGAAGGCUGAUAUGCCUGGAAGUCAGUCUGGAAAGAAGAGUCUUUUACCCAAAUAAUUCAUCAAUAAAAUGCCUAAGGUCCUAUGCCUUCUUUGAGUUGAGAAAUUGGACUCAUACAGGAAGCCUCAGGAGCUCUCUUUGGCUCGUACUCUGAUCAUUAUUAAGGUACUUGAAGUUACUUAGAAAAUGCAUGCCACAGAAAUAGCUCAAAAGCUUUGUAGGUGCAAAUGGAGGCCCUCUUAUAUUGGAGGAUCAUAUUUUCGGACAAGCAUGAAACCGUUUAGGUGACAUCAACGUAUUCACGAUUGGAACGAUAUGUAUAUGUUAUUAGCUCAGUCAAGCCCUCAUUCUGUGCAAUUCCCCUUGUUACUAGCUUGUUAUUUUCUCAACGGAUGGAAAAGACAAGUGCUUCAAGCUUCCUGGAUUCUUAUAGUGUGAAUUGUACAUUGUGUAGUGUAAUUUUAUUCUGUAGUGCAGUUACAUUGAUACAUCAAUACUAUAUUCAACCUUGGAAUUUGCUAAGAUUAGUUUUUUUACUUGGUACAUUAUCUUCGUGAGGAUUUUUCUUGUAUGUUAAAGUCAGAAUUACUAAGCUGCAGUUUGGGUUUGAA